AUGGAUCCCCACGAUCGUUUCAAGCUGCUGUUCGAGGGCAAUAUGGAUGCCAACAUUGCUUCGACUGUUCUGAAUGGGCAGCGUGGUGCUGAGGAAGGUGUAAGUGAGAAUAAUCUCAGUCCCUCCUUCUCCAGACCCCAUGCGGCUCCUUUGGUUCAUCAUUAUCCACUGUCGUAUAUCCGUACCUAUGUCCCCGGCACAGGUGUUCAGGAAGGAUAUAACCAGGACGGCGAUAAUGAUUUGACUUCGCUGCCUCAGGAGCUUGAGGUCCCCUUCACCUUCGACGACCGAAGCAACGAACCCACCCUGGACGCUGCCUCUAACUCUGACUUGGGUCCAUCUGAGGACUCGACCAUCCUUGAUUUCAACCAGAUAACUGGUUCUACGCUCCUCUCAUCCUUUACUCCAGCCCUCGCUCUUGCUCGUUUCCCAUACAAACACAUGAGUGGAUCCUUGGCCAACCGCGUCUCCAAAGACUUCUAUGAGGAAGGGAAGUUCUGGAAACGAACUUGGGAUCUUUACUAUUUCAGUGUUCCAGAGACUGUCAAUGGAGGGGCAUUGCUUCUCAUUUCCGUUGACCAAGCCCUUUCCUUUUUUGCUGAGAUAAACAAUGCCUUGAACACCCAGAUUCACCUUACUGGCACGGGCAAAAAGGGCAUGGUGCUUACCUUUGACAACAAUCAAGUUCCGCGUCCGGUGUUUCUUGGCCGAAGCAGCAGCACCGAGAAGAAAGAUGAGCUUGUUCAGACUAUUCCUCCUUCCAACAUUAAUUGGGGAGCUUGGUCAAACAAUAUCCAUCCCAGUGUUAUGAAAGUAUUUGAAGCAAACAUCCAGUUGUGUUUCGAUAUGAUCAAGAAGAAAGAUCCCAAGAAAUUGGCCAAGCAGUUGAAGAGGAAGCAAGAGGCAGAAGAUCAUCUCGGUCGUGCCAUGGCGUUCUUUGGCCUGCGGCCUCCAUGGAUAGCAAACAUGCACCAGCCUUCGCUUGUCACGGGUGAACUUGCGCCCAUCAAUCCCAAUCACACCGUUAGAUGGGCUUUCCAGGAUUCACCUAUUUUUAUCGCCAUCGAUGUUGAAUGGAAUGAGCGUGAGAACUGGCAAAUGACUGAAGUUGGUAUCUCGGUUCUGGAUACGAUGGACAUGGAGGGUGUGGUCCCGGGUGAUUAUGGCGAGAUGUGGGCAGCUCGCAUCCGUUCUCGACACCUGCGCGUGGAGGAGUAUCGGGACUGGGUCAAUUCGGAGUUCUGCCCUGGGUGCCCUGAUCGGUUCGACUUUGGCGAGAGCGAGUUUGUCGCAUCUGCCCACAUGGGACAGAUGAUUGAUCAAGCUUUCCAGCCUCCUUACAUGGUUCCUACUGCCAAAGACCCUGUGAAAUGGUGGAAGACGCAAACACGCAAGGUUGUACUGGUUGGAUUGGACAUGAAAAGUGAUAUUCAACAGCUGAAAACCAGCGGAAGUCAGGUCUUCCUUGACUACGAUACCCCAAGUUCCAUUUUCUACGAUACCAUCAACGUGGCAGACCUGUACCGGGCCGAAUCUGGCGAGCUGCAGAACCGAGGCCUGCAAAAUCUCCUGAGAUCGCUGCAGGUCUUACAUGUCAACUUGCACAAUGCCGGCAAUGAUGCACACUACACCCUGCAUGGUCUGGUGCGCCUCAUGAUGAAGACUGCCGGAGAGAAGCCAUGGGCAUAUGAGAAAGAUACAAUUUAA